AAUUGUCAAAAUUGUGCUUGCGUUGUUUGGCUGUAUCCGACGACGAAUAACUAAAUUUAAAUCUUUAGUACGCAAAUUACUGAAAUAAAAUGGCAGACAAGCAGAAAGUAGAUCUUGGAUUACUUGAGGAAGACGAUGAAUUUGAAGAAUUCCCUGCGGAAAAUUGGGGAACCGAAGACGCCGACGAUGAAGACGUAUCGGUUUGGGAAGAUAACUGGGAGGAUGACAUCGUGCAAGACGAUUUUAACCAGCAAUUGAGACAACAACUGGAGAAGCUGAAGGACCAGAACAAACCUUAGAGUAGUCUAGCAAUAAGUCACCAUGUUUGUAAGCUCUUAAAAUAAAUUCUCUAUUUCCACAA